UGAAAAGGCGACAGGCUAGCUAGUCUCCGUAGCUAGCAAGUUAAUUCAGUGUCAGCCUCGGUUUCCGACGUCUUUGCGAGCGUAAGGGGGCGCCAUGGCAGACCCAGCGACCCCUCAUGCCAAACGCUCAUCCUCGGCUAAAUCCAAGCACUCAGGCUCGGGGAAACGGCGGCACCACAAGGCCCACCGCACCACCCCGGAUGUGAUCAAACCCCCGCCGGACUCACAGGAGGUUCAGCCCGCAGCAGAGGUCCCGGAGGUGACCGUCCAGGUGGACAUACCUGAGGAGGUGGACAAGAGCUUACAGUACAAGGAACUGAGACCACUGUUUAAGAAGCGUGUGGCUCUGAGUGGUGUGACGGAGGAGUCCUGGACAGAGGAGAAUGACCAGGCCCUGGACACCUUCAUCGGAGUGACAUCAAUCCGCACGCUGAUUGUGUACCUGGACCCCUUGACUGGGCUGCGGACGCUCUUCAGUAUGCCAGCAGAGCUGGUGGAGCAGCUGGCCUACUUCAUCCGGGCGGAGGAGGCCUUCAUCAUGGCGGAGAACUUUGAGAGCUCGGUGCAGUUCGGCACGGUGCGGGGCGGGGCCAUCGAGGGGCUGCUGCGGCUCAUGAACGGGGUGCAUGUGCCCCUGGUCACCCUCAGCACCGCCUGGCCCGAAAGCAUCAAGAACAACUACUCUGCCCACCUGCAUCGCUUCCUCACCAACCUCACAGAUACCAGGUUCAAGCUGGAGGGGCAAACAGUACUAUACAUUCCCAUGGAAGCGCUGCAGUUCAGCCGUGAAGUGGCUGCCAAGGACAAGGAGCUGGUGCAGAGGAUGGAGAUGGUGAUGAUCCACUGGACGCGGCAGAUUAAGGAGGUGCUGAACGCCCAGGAGACGCUGGAUAUGGGCGAGAGCUCGGGGCCCCUGGAGGAGAUGGCCUUCUGGAAGAGCCGCUGCUUGAAUCUCAUGGGCAUCAGCCACCAGCUGGAGAAGCCGUGUGUGGGCCACGUGCAGGCCAUCCUACAGCUCUGCAAGUCCACCUACGUCCCGGCCUUCUGCAAGCUCACCAAGUGCAUCCAGGAUGGCUCCCUGCAGGCCCAGUCCAACCUGACUUUCCUGUCCCUGCUGCGGGAGCCGUGUGAGGAGAUCGCUUGCCUCAAGCCCCGGGAGGUGGCACCCAAAAUGGUCCACCUGCUCAACCUGGUGCGCUUCAUCUGGAUCAACUCCAAGUACUACAACACCCGCGAGAGGCUGGUCGCUCUCUUCCGCAAGCUGAGCAAUGAGAUUAUUCGCCUGUGCUGCCGGGAGAUCUCGCUGGACCGGAUCUUCGAGGGCUAUGUGGUGUCCAGCAAGCAGACCCUCAACGAGUGCAUCCAGUGCUGCCUGACCUGGAAGGAGAAGUACCUGCACACCUCUCAGCUGCACCACAAGUACUCGACUGAAGGCUGGGUGCUGGACCCCACCAGUAUCUUCGCCCUGGUGGACGCCUUCAUUCAGAGAUGUGAAGACCUGCUGGAGGUGUGUGACUGCCAGGAACACUUUGCCCGGCGGCUGGAGGGGGACAAGACGCCCCUGCCCUGUUUCGCGGGGCGGCAGGGGGAGGAGCUGACCCGCAGCCUGCUGGAGAUGGAGGCCACCUUCGAGAAGAGCCUGCAGACGCUCAGCAGAGUGGGCAAGGGCAUUCUGGACGUGAAGAACACCACCUGGCACGCGGAUUACAACCAGUUCAGAGCCGGGGUGAAAGAUCUGGAGGUGAUGAUGCAGAACCUGAUCUGCACGGCCUUUGAGACGGUCAAAAGCGUGGAGGAGGGAAUAAACCUGAUCGAUGUCUUCCACCACCUGACUGCCAGAGAGUCCAUCAAGCACACGAUCACCCUGAAGACGACAGAGGUGUACAACCUCUUCAGCAGGGAGGUGAACCUGGUGAACAGAGAGCUGGGCCGCAAGGGGCAGGAGAGGAUGGCGCACAUCCCCCGCUACGCAGGGCAGGCUCUGUGGGCCCGGGCCCUGCGCCAGCGCAUCCAGAGGCCCAUGAAGGUGCUACAGCGCGCCCACUUCAUGGUCCAGACCACCGAGGGGGACGAGAUGAAGCAGGCGUAUGCGCAGCUGCUGCAGACGCUGGACGAGCGCGUGCGCAGAACCUUCAGCGAGUGGUGUCAGCACCUGGACCAGCACAGCCUGAAGAGGCUGGAGCAGCCGCUCAUGAUCCGCUGCAAGGACCGGCCCAGCAUGCUGGACGUCAACUUCGACAGGAACCUGCUGAAGAUGUUCAAUGAGAUCAGCUACUGGGAGCGGCUGGCGGUGGAGAUCCCGCACCAGGUGCUGGAGGUGUACCAGCGCAGGGAGGACCUGCGCAGCCUCAGGGAGAGUGUGCUGCUGGUGGUGCGCGACUACAACAGGAUCAUUGGCGCGCUGUCCGCCGAGGAGCUGGGUCUGUUUCGCGAGCGCAUCCGCUUCCUGGACAAGAAGAUCCAGCCGGGCCUGUCCAAGCUGCUGUGGUCCUCCAGGGGAGCCUCCACCUUCUUCAUCACCGACUGCCGCCUGCAUGCCAGCAAGGUGCAGCUGAUCGUGGACGAGUACAAGGCGGCGAACCUGGCGAUCUCGCGGAGCUGCUGCCAGAUCAGCGAGAUGCUGCUGGUGCGGGUGGAUGGGAAGAUGGUGUACCAGGACCUGGAGUUCCAGGAGGAUCAGCACGCCCACCAGGAGAGCCAGCUGCAGAGGCUGCGCUCCGCCCACCAGGACAUCGUCUCCGUCAUGGCCCGCAUCUACGAGACCUUCCGCUCCGACGGGCCCGAGGUGCAGCAGCACUGGGUGUCGUACACAGAGAAGAUGGACUGCAUGGUGGAGCAGGCGCUGCGCCUCAAUAUCAAGUGGUCUCUGCAGGAGCUCUCCAAGGCCAUCAAUGGGGACAGCAAGACCACCCCCAACCCCCUCUUCAGGGUGCAGGUGGUACUGCACCAGGACGCCCCGGGCGCCACAGAGCGGGUGGAGUUCUCUCCGACACUGCAGAAGCUGGCGCAGAUAGUGAACAGCAUCAGCAGCCAGAUCAUUAGCACCAUCUCAGUGUUCCAGCGGCUGCCUGACCUGCUGACCCCGGAGCGGUCUCAGAAGAAGCCCAUCCACAGCAUCAUCGAGCAGGACGAGGAGAUCCGUAAGAUCCAGGCGGCCAUCGCGGCAGGCAUGACCGCCAACGCCACGCAGCUGCAGUCCUACCUGAAGACCUGGGACAAGCACCGCGAGAUCUGGGAGAUCAACAAGGACUCCUUCAUCCGCCGCUACCAGCGCCUCAACCCGCCCGUGUCCUCCUUCGACGCCGACAUCGCCAGGUACACCGAGGUGGCCAAUAACGUGCAGAAGGAGGAGACGGUGCUGAACGUGCAGUUUGUCAUGCUGGACUGCUCCCUGCUCAAGUUCUCCCUGGUGCAGCACUGCAACGAAUGGCAGAGCAAGUUCACCCAGCUGCUCAGCCUCAUGGCCAGCACCAGGCUGAGAGAACUGCACUCCUUCCUGAAGGACAACGCACACAGGCUGAAGCAGCCUCCUCAGACCCUGAUGGAGCUGGGGGACAGUCUGAAGCUGCUGGAGACGCUGCAGGGCGACCGGAGCAAGAUUGAGAGCCAGAUCCCCCCCAUCCAUGAGCAGUUCACCAUCCUGGAUAAGUACGAGGUCGCCGUGGAGCCGGCCGUGCAGGAGAUGCUAGAGGCUCUGAAUGGGGAGUGGCUGGUGUUCCAGCAGGUUUUGAUUGACAGCGAGGUCAUGCUGAAGAAGAACAAGGAGAAGUUCAGGAGUGGCCUCAUUGUCUCGGCCGAGGACUUCAAGAGAAAGACACACGCCACUGUGGAGGAGUUCCACGCAACAGGCCCGUUCAGCAGUGCGGUGACCUCAGUGGCCGCUCUGGAGCAGGUCUCCAUGCUGCACGGCCAACUGGAGGCCCUGAAGCAGGAGGAGGCCAUCAUCCGGCACGGCUUGUCCAUCUUCAAGAUCGAGCACCCGCCUUGCAAGGACAUGCAUCUGCUGGAGAGGGACCUGGAGCACCUGCAGCAGGUUUGGCAGAUCACGCAGGAGUGGGAGGGUCACUGGGAGAAGUGGAAGGGGGGCCAUCUGACCACGCUGCAGACGGAGAGCAUGGAGAACACCGCCACUGUCAUGUUCAAGAAGCUGCACAAACUCAGCCGCGAGCUCAGGGAUAAGCAGUGGGAAAUCCUCAGCACUUCUAAGAAGAAGAUUGACCAGUUCAAGAGGACCCUCCCACUCAUCGCUGACCUGAGGAACCCCGCCAUGAGGGACAGGCACUGGGAGCAGAUCAAAGAGGAGCUGCAGCGCCCCUUUGACCAGAGUGGCUCAGACUUCACCCUGGAGAAGAUCGUGGCUCUGGGUAUGCACCAGCACACGGAGAAGAUCAGCGAGAUAUCAGGGGCCGCCAGCAAAGAGCUGUCCAUCGAGCAGUCUCUGGAAGGCAUCGCCAAGGCGUGGGAGGAGACAUGCCUGGACAUCGCACCCUACAAAGACAAGGGUCACCACAGACUUAGAGGCACAGAGGAGGUGUUCCAGGCGCUGGAGGAUAACCAGGUGACCCUCUCCACCAUGAAGGCGUCUCGCUUCGUGCGUGCGUUUGAGAAGGAGGUGGACCGCUGGGAGCGCUGCCUGUCGCUGGUGCUGGAAGUCAUCGAGAUGAUCCUGACCGUGCAGAGACAGUGGAUGUACCUGGAGAAUAUUUUCCUGGGGGAGGACAUUCGGAAACAGCUUCCUCGGGAGUCUGCAGAGUUCGACGAGAUUAACUCCAGCUGGAAGACCAUCAUGGACCGGCUGAACAAGGACAACAAUGCCCUGAGAGGAACCCACUAUCCAGGUCUGCCAGAGAAGCUUGCAGAGAUGAACAGCAAGCUGGAGGAGAUCCAGAAGUGCUUGGACAUGUACCUGGAGACCAAGCGGCAGAUCUUCCCGCGAUUCUACUUCCUGUCCAACGAUGACCUGCUGGAGAUCCUGGGACAGGCACGCAACCCGGAGGCUGUACAGCCCCACCUCAAGAAGUGCUUCGACAACAUCAAGAGUCUGAGGAUCAGCAAGAUGGGGAUCAGCAGUAAGACGGAGGCCAGCGGCAUGUUCUCAUCUGAUGGAGAGUCUGUGGACUUCACCCAUCCAGUGCUGCUGGAGGGACCAGUGGAGGCCUGGCUGUGUGACGUGGAGCGGACCAUGCGCUGGACGCUGAAGGACUCUCUGAGGAACUGCCGCGUGGGGCUGAGGAAGAUGACGGGGAAGAGGGACAAAUGGGUGAAGGACUGGCCGGGACAGAUGCUGAUUACAGCUAGCCAGAUCCAGUGGACUACAGACGUUACCAAGUGCCUGAUGGUUGGCAAGGAGAGGUCGGACAAGUCAGCACUCAAAUCCAUGAAGAAGAAACAGGUGUCGAUGCUCCGCCGGUACUCGGACGCAAUCAGGGGGAAUCUGAGCAAGAUCCUGCGUCUGAAGAUUGUUGCCCUGGUGACUGUGGAGGUGCACGCCCGCGAUGUCAUCGACAAACUGGCCAAGGCCGGCUGCUGUGACGUGUCCUCCUUUGAUUGGCUCAGCCAGCUGCGCCUGUACUGGGACAAGGACGUGGAUGACUGCAUCAUCAGACAGACAAAUACACGCUUCCAGUACGGCUACGAGUACCUGGGCAACUCCGGACGGCUGGUCAUCACCCCCCUCACUGACAGGUGCUACAUGACCCUGACCACAGCCCUGCACCUGAACCGGGGGGGCUCCCCCAAGGGUCCGGCCGGCACCGGCAAGACUGAGACGGUCAAGGACCUGGGCAAGUCCCUGGGCAUGUACGUCAUCGUGGUCAACUGCUCCGAGGGCCUGGACUUCAAAUCCAUGGGCCGCAUGUACUCCGGUCUGGCUCAGACGGGAGCGUGGGGCUGCUUCGACGAGUUCAACCGCAUCAACAUCGAGGUGCUGUCCGUCGUGGCUCAGCAGAUCCUGUCCAUCCUGUCCGCCCUGUCCGCCGGCGCCACCAACUUCGUGUUCGAGGGUCGUGACAUCCGCUUAGUGUGGUCCUGCGGCAUCUUCAUCACCAUGAACCCCGGCUACGCUGGGCGCACAGAGCUGCCCGACAACCUCAAGUCCAUGUUCCGGCCCAUCUCCAUGGUGGUGCCGGACUCCACCCUGAUUGCCGAGAUCACGCUGUUCGGGGAGGGCUUCGACAACUGCAAGGUGCUGGCUAAGAAGGUGUUCACGCUGUACUCGCUAGCGGUGCAGCAGCUCUCCAAGCAGGACCACUACGACUUCGGCCUGCGCGCCCUGACCUCCCUGCUGCGCUACGCGGGGAAGAAGCGCCGUCUGCGGCCCGACGUCGGCGACGAGGAGAUCCUGCUGAUGUCCAUGAAGGACAUGAACAUCGCCAAACUGACAGCCAUCGACGUGCCCCUCUUCAACGGCAUCAUCCAGGACCUCUUCCCUGCAGUGGAGACCCCCACUAUUGACUAUGGCAAGCUGCAGGAGACGAUUGAAGCGGAGCUGCGUCAGAGCGGCCUGCAGGUCACGCCCUUCACCCUGACCAAGGUCAUCCAGCUGUUCGAGACCAAGAACUCCCGCCACUCCACCAUGAUCGUGGGCAAGACGGGCAGCGGCAAAACGGUCACCUGGAGAACCCUGCAGCACACCCUCACCACCCUGCACCGCAAGGGUGAGCCGGGCUACAACCUGGUCCGGGAGUGCCCUCUGAACCCUAAGGCUGUGAGUCUUGGGGAGCUGUAUGGAGAAUACGACCUUUCCACCAACGAGUGGACAGACGGGGUGCUGUCAGCCCUCAUGAGAGGGGCCUGUGCAGAUGAGAGACCGGAUGAGAAGUGGAUAGUGUUCGAUGGGCCCGUGGACACUCUGUGGAUUGAGAGCAUGAACUCUGUGAUGGACGACAACAAGGUUCUGACGCUCAUCAACGGUGAAAGGAUCUCUAUGCCAGAGCAGGUGUCCUUGCUGUUCGAGGUGGAGGAUUUGGCAGUGGCCUCUCCAGCCACAGUGUCCCGCUGUGGGAUGGUCUACAAUGACUACACAGACCUGGGCUGGAAGCCCUUUGUUCAGUCCUGGAUUGACAAGCGCAAGAAGGUGGAGGUGGAACACCUGCAGCGUUUGUUUGACAAGUACAUCGAGACGACCAUCCAGUUCAGGAAGGCUAAUUGCAAAGAGCUGGUGGCCAUUACAGAGCUUAAUGGAGUGUGCUCCCUCUGCAGGCUGUACGAUGCCCUGGCCACACCGGAGAACGGGGUGAUACCCUCAGACACAGAGCACUACGGUCGCAUGGUGGAGCUGUGGUUCAUCUUCAGCCUCAUCUGGUCCAUAUGUGCCUCUGUGGACGAGGAUGGCCGCAAGAUGAUCGACAACUUCCUGCGGGAGAUAGAGGGCACCUUCCCUAAUAAGGACACCAUUUAUGAGUACUACGUCGACCCCAAGACCAAAUCCUGGGCUCCCUUUGAGGACAAGCUGCGCAAAGGCUGGCGCUACCCAUGCAAUGCUCCGUUCUAUAAGAUCAUGGUGCCGACGGUGGAUACGGUGCGGUAUAACUUCCUGGUGCAGGCUCUGGUGUCCGGGCAGUACCCGGUGCUGCUGGUGGGGCCGGUGGGCACGGGGAAGACCUCGGUGGCCCAGGGUGUGCUGCAAGCCCUCGACUCCUCCAAGUGGUCCAUGCUCACCAUCAACAUGUCCUCCCAGACCACCUCCAACAACGUGCAGGCCAUCAUCGAGAGCCGGGUGGAGAAGCGCACCAAAGGCGUGUUCUUCCCCAUCGGGGGCAAGCGCAUGCUGGCCUUCCUGGACGACUUCAACAUGCCGGCGCUGGACGACUUUGGCUCCCAGCCCCCCCUGGAGCUGCUCAGGCUCUGGAUCGACUACGGCUUCUGGUACGACAGGCAGAAGCAGACCGUCAAGUGCAUCAAGGACAUGUUCCUGAUGGCAUCAAUGGGGCCCCCUGGUGGCGGGAGGACUCACAUCUCCGAUCGUCUGCAGAGUCGCUUUAACCUCAUCAAUAUGACCUUCCCCACGGAGUCUCAGAUAAAGCGCAUCUUCGGGACGAUGAUCAAUCAGAAGCUGCAGGACUUUGCUGAGGAGGUGAAGCCCAUUGGUCCGGUGGUGACCCAGGCCACGCUGGAGCUGUACUAUGCCAUCAUCGGCCGCUUCCUGCCCACCCCCGCCAAGAUCCACUACCUCUUCAACCUCAGGGACAUCUCCAAGGUGUUCCAGGGCCUGCUGCGUGCCCACAAGGACUAUCACGACACCACGGCGAGCGUCACGCGGCUCUGGAUCCACGAGUGCUUCAGGGUGUUUUCAGACCGGCUGGUGGACCAGAGCGACAUGGAUGCGUUUCUGGGGCUGCUGUCGGAGAAGCUGGGCUCCCUCUUCGACCUCACCUUCCACAACAUCUGCCCCAACAAGCAGCCUCCGCUCUUUGGGGACUUCCUGAAAGAGCCGAGAGUGUACGAGGACCUAACCGACUUCAAGGCCCUGAAGAGCUACAUGGAGUCUCAGCUGGAGGACUACAACCUGUCCCCUGGUGUGGUUCCCAUGGACCUAGUGCUGUUCCGGGAUGCCAUCGAGCACAUAAUGCGGGUGGUCCGGGUGAUCAGCCAGUUGAGGGGGAACAUGCUGCUGGUGGGCAUCGGGGGCUCCGGCCGGCAGAGCCUCUCCCGUCUGGCCUCAGCCAUCUGCGAGUACCAUGUCUUCCAGGUGGAGGUGACCAAGCAGUACCGCAAGCAGGAGUUCAGAGAGGACAUUAAGAAGCUGUACCGCCAGGCUGGUGUGGACAACAAGCCAACCGUGUUCCUGUUCAACGACACGCAGAUCGUGGACGAGUCCUUCCUGGAGGACAUCAACAACAUUCUGAGCUCAGGGGAGGUUCCCAACCUCUACAAGCCUGACGAGUUUGAGGAGGUUCAGAGCGCUCUCUCAGAUGCAGCCAGAAAGGACAAAGUCCUAGAGACGCCCGACUCCAUGUUCAACUACUUGAUUGAGAGAGUGAGGAAUAACCUGCACAUUGUGCUGUGCAUGAGCCCUGUGGGAGACCCCUUCAGGAACCGGAUCCGGCAGUACCCCGCGCUGGUGAACUGCACCACCAUCGACUGGUUCUCAGAGUGGCCACGGGACGCCCUGCUGGAGGUGGCGGAGAGAUACCUGGACGGGCUGGCACUGGGGGACGUGGAGGGGAUCCAGAACAAAGUGGCCAACAUCUUCGUAACGAUGCACCAGUCUGUGGACCAGUACUCCCAGAAGAUGAAGCUGGAGCUGAAGAGACACAACUAUGUCACCCCCACAAACUACCUGGAGCUGGUGUCAGGAUACAAGAAGCUCCUGGGGGAGAAGCGCAAGGAGCUGGGAGAUCAGGUGACCAAGCUCCGCAACGGUCUGUUUAAGAUCGACGACACGCGCACCAAGGUGGAGGCCAUGUCGCUGGAGCUGGAGGAUGCCAAGAAGAAGGUGGCGGAGUUCCAGAAGGAGUGUGAGGAGUACCUGUGCGUCAUCGUGCAGCAGAAGAGAGAGGCCGACGAGCAGCAGAAGACGGUGAGUGCUAACAGUGAGAAGAUCGGUGCGGAGGAGAUUAACUGUAAGGCCAUGGCAGAGAAUGCUCAGAGAGACCUGGACGAGGCUCUGCCCGCGCUGGAGGAGGCCAUGAAGGCCCUGGAGUCCCUGAACAAGAAGGACAUGACGGAGAUCAAGUCAUACGGCCGCCCCCCCGCGCUGGUGGAGACUGUGAUGCAGGCCGUCAUGAUCCUGAGGGGCAACGAGCCCUCGUGGGCGGAGGCCAAGAGACAGCUGGGAGAGUCCAACUUCAUCAAGCAGCUGGUCAACUUUGACAAGGACAACAUUUCGGACCGUGUGCUGAAGAAGAUCGGCCACUACUGCGCGCAAGCCGACUUCCAGCCUGAGAUCAUCGGCCGCGUGUCACUGGCGGCCAAGUCGCUCUGCAUGUGGGUGCGGGCCAUGGAGGUGUACGGGAGGAUCUAUCGGGUGGUGGAGCCGAAGCGAGCUCGGCUGCAUGGAGCCAUGUCUCAGCUGGCAGAGAAGCAGGCGGCUCUGGCAGAGUCCCAGGCCAAACUCAAAGAGGUGGGGGAUAAACUGGAGCUGCUGAAGAGAGAGUAUGAUGAGAAGCUGGUUCAGAAGGAGGACCUGCGCAAGAGGUCAGAGGACAUGGAGCUGAAACUGGACCGGGCCGCCAAGCUGGUGACAGGGCUGGCGGGAGAGAGGGUCCGCUGGGAGGAGACGGUCAAGGGUCUGGACGAGGACAUGGGUUUCCUGGUGGGAGACUGCCUGCUGGCGGCUGCCUUCCUGUCCUACAUGGGCCCCUUCCUGUCCAACUACCGAGACGAGAUUGUGGCCAACAUCUGGAUGAAGCAGAUCCGCGAGUUGCAGGUGCCCUGCUCCCCUGCUUUCAGCUUCGCUACCUUCCUGUCCAAACCCACCGCCGUCCGCAGCUGGAACAUCCAGGGCCUCCCGUCCGACGCCUUCUCCACCGAGAACGGCGUCAUCGUCACCCGCGGCAACAGAUGGCCUCUAAUGGUAGACCCUCAAGGACAGGCACUGAAGUGGAUCAAGAACAUGGAGACAGAGAGAGGCCUGAAGGUGAUCGACCUGCAGAUGCCGGACUUCCUGCGCACGCUGGAGAACGCCGUGCAAUUCGGCUCGCCAGUGCUGCUGCAGAAUGUGCAGGAGGAGCUGGACCCCUCACUGGCGCCCAUCCUCAACAAGUCCCUCAAACGCGUCGGUGGGCGUCUGUUGAUGAAGCUGGGAGAUAAAGAGGUGGAGUACAGCCCAGAGUUCCGCUUUUACAUCACCACCAAGCUGUCCAACCCCCACUACACCCCAGAGAUCUCCACCAAGACCACCAUUGUCAACUUCGCUGUCAAGGAGCAGGGUCUGGAAGCCCAGCUUCUCGGGAUUGUAGUGAGGAAGGAGCGUCCUGAUCUGGAGGAGCAGAAGGACUCGCUGGUGAUGAACAUCGCCUCAGGCAAGAAGAAACUUCAGGAGCUGGAGGACGAGAUUCUCAGGCUGCUGAAUGAAGCCACUGGCUCCCUCCUGGAUGAUGUGCAGUUGGUGAACACCCUGCAGACCUCCAAGGUGACAGCCAACGAGGUGACAGAGCAACUGGAGACCAGCGAACAGACUGAGAUCAAGAUCGACACGGCCAGAGAGGCUUACCGGCCCUGUGCCCAGCGUGCAUCCAUCCUGUUCUUCGUGCUGAAUGACAUGGGCCGCAUGGACCCCAUGUACCAAUUCUCUCUGGACGCCUACAUCGACCUGUUCAACCUGAGCAUCGAGAAGAGCCAGCGUAGCCAGAAACUAGAGGAGAGGAUCGCCAACCUGAAUGACUACCACACCUACGCUGUGUACAGGUACACCUGUCGCGGGCUGUUCGAACGCCAUAAGCUGCUCUUCAGCUUCCAGAUGUGCACCAAGAUCCUGGAGGUGGCUGGAAAACUCAGCAUGGACGAGUACAACUUCUUCCUGAGAGGGGGACUGGUCCUGGACAAGGAAGGACAGAUGGACAACCCGUGCGCUGGCUGGCUGUCAGACUCCAACUGGGACAACAUCACAGAGCUGGACAAGCUGAGCAACUUCCGAGGCAUCAUGAGCUCCUUCGAGCAGUACACCCGAGACUGGAACCAGUGGUACACCAGCGCCGAGCCCGAGAACGCCCCUCUGCCGGGUGAGUGGGAGAACAGCUGUAACGAGCUGCAGCGCAUGCUGAUGGUGCGCUCUCUCCGGCAGGAUCGGGUCUCCUUCUGCGUCACCUCCUUCAUCGUCAACAACCUGGGUGCCCGCUUCGUGGAGCCGCCUGUCCUCGACAUGAAGGCCGUGGUGGAGGACUCGACCACCAGGACGCCGCUGAUCUUUGUCCUGUCCCCGGGCGUGGACCCCACAGGCGCGCUGCUGCACCUGGCGGACAGCUCGGGAAUGGGCCAUCGCUUCCACGCCCUGUCCCUGGGGCAGGGCCAGGCCCCCAUCGCCACGCGCAUGAUCAAAGAGGGGGUGAAAAACGGUGACUGGGUGUUCCUGGCUAACUGCCACCUGUCCCUGUCCUGGAUGCCGCAGCUGGAUAAGCUGGUGGAGCAGCUGCAGGUGGAGGAGCCGCAUGCAGACUUCCGGCUGUGGCUCAGCUCCUCCCCCCACCCCGAUUUCCCCAUCGCCAUCCUGCAGGCCGGCAUCAAGAUGACCACCGAGCCGCCCAAGGGCGUGAAGUCCAACAUGAAGCGGCUGUACCAGCUGGUGACGGAGUCUCAGUUCAGCCGCUGCUCCCGGCCGUCGCUGUACCGCAAGCUGCUCUUCUCCCUCUGCUUCUUCCACAGCAUCCUGCUGGAGAGGAAGAAGUUCCUGCAGCUGGGCUGGAACAUCGUCUACGGCUUCAACGACUCCGACUUCGAGGUGAGCGAGAACCUGACGAGUCUCUACCUGGACGAGUACGAGGAGGUGCCCUGGGACGCGCUCAAGUACCUGAUCGCUGGGGUCAACUACGGGGGUCACGUGACAGACGACUGGGACCGGAGGCUGCUCACCACCUACAUCAACGACUACUUCUGCGAGAAGGCUGUGACCGUUCCCUUCUACAAGCUGUCGUCUCUGUCCACCUACUACAUCCCGCGAGACGGCCCCCAGUCUGUGUACCAGGACUACAUCAACUCGCUGCCCAACAUGGAGCACCCGGAGGUGUUCGGCCAGCACCCCAACGCGGACAUCGCCAGCCAGAUCGCCGAGACCCGCACGCUCUUCGACACCCUGCUGUCUCUGCAGCCCCAGGUCACCAGCGCUGCAGCCACCGGCGCCGGGCCCAGCCGCGAGGACAAGGUGUUGGAGCUCUCUGCAGACGUGCGGCAGAAGAUGCCAGCUCAGAUAGAUUAUGAGGGCACCAGGCAGCUGCUGCAGGAUGACCCCUCACCUCUCAACGUAGUGCUGCUGCAGGAGAUCCAGAGAUACAACGCUCUACUGCACACCAUCAAUUCCUCCCUGUUGGAGCUGGAGAAGGGGAUCCAGGGGCUGGUGGUGAUGUCCAGUAAUCUGGAAGAGACGUUCCACUGCAUUUACGAUGCCCGCGUGCCACCUCUGUGGGAGAAGGCGUACCCCUCCCUGAAGCCGCUGGCCUCGUGGACGCGUGACCUGUGCCAGCGUGUGGAGCAGUUUGCUCGCUGGGCGGAGACGGCGCGCCCCCCCACCCUCUUCUGGCUGUCCGGCUUCACCUUCCCCACUGGCUUCCUUACCGCGGUGUUGCAGGCUGCUGCUCGCCAGCACAAUGUUUCAGUGGACACUUUGUCCUGGGAGUUUAUAGUCUCUACUGUGGAUGACAACAACCUUCUGUUCCCACCCAAGGAUGGGGUGUUUAUCCGGGGCCUGUUCUUGGAGGGGGCUGGCUGGGAUAAGAAGAACUCCUGUCUGGUGGAAGCUGAGCCGAUGCAGCUGGUUUGCCCCAUCCCAACCAUCCACUUCAAACCUGUGGAGGCCCGCAAGAAGAUGGCAAAGAGUAUGUACUCCUGUCCCUGCUACUAUUUCCCUGUGCGUGCGGGAGGGGCUGGACGGCCUUCUUUUGUGGUGGGGGUGGACCUCAAGUCAGGUGCUGUCCCACCUGACCACUGGAUUAAGAGGGGGACUGCUCUCCUCAUGAGCCUCGAUCACUAGGGUUAAACACAGAAGAACACACACACACAC